GGCAUCCUCUUCCUGUGUAGAACCCAGCAGAUGAUCUUAAUCUAGAGAGGGGCUCUGACACUCCAGAUGCAAAUCACAGCAGUGGACACAACUCCUUCGUACUUAAUCAUACUAUAAGUUUGGCCUUGCAGUAAAUCGUCCUUUUUGAUUCUCUGUUCUGUUCUCUCUUAGCAGAGCAUGCAAGGUAUAUGCCUCUGCCGCAAGCUUCCCUGUAGGUUCUGGAGCAAGCUGUAGCUGCCAUCCCUGCUCCGUCUCAUGAUAAGCUUCAGGAUUUAAAGCAACUGGAGCAAGUCGAGGAAAUAGACAAGCUAGAGGCUGGCUAUUGAUCUAUGGUUCACGCCAUAACCUUAUUCCAGUGCCCCUGCCCAAGCUUGAAGCUGCAACCAACCACAAGUGCAUCGUUUAUUCGCUGCAGUUCGCGCCAAAAUUGAGAUCCAGAGGCUUGGUGUCUCCCCAACAUUGCAAUGGCUGUUUGGUCAUUUAAAUGCGGAGUUAUAAUGAGCCCAAUCGUUCAGGCUCAAACGGGAUAUUUUAGCGAGUGGGAUAAGUCGGGCAAUAUUCGUUACUUUCUCUCUGCCCUCGAUUCCUUCCGCACCGCGACUUCUUUCCCCCGAUCUCAAUCGAUCUUCCGGCAAUUAGGGCCAGGGUUUCUCUCUCGCUCCACAAACCCUAGAGGAUCUCCCCCCUCCCUUCUCCACCACCAUGGAGGGCUCUGCGGAGGACCCCGGAGAGUGGGAGCUGGCGGACGUGGACGACAGCAUGUUCCGCCUGAUGCUCUCCUCCAAGAAGAGCUCCGAUUCUUCGACUCCGCCGCCGUCGACGGCGGGGGAUUUCGCCGAGGAGGCGCCGCCGCUGCCAGAUUCCGUUGCCUCGUCCUCCUCUUCUGGUUUGGCCGAGCGCCGAAGGGGGCCGUCGGAAGAGGUGCUGAGCCAAGUGGAUCAGUUUCUCAGAGAGGCUUUGGAGAAACCGCGGGAACGGCUUUCGAUUUUGCGGAUGGAACAAGAUAUAGAGAAGUUCAUCUGCGAUCAUACUCAACGGGAGCUGGAGUUUAAGGACCUUCCAACUUCCUAUCUACGAUUGGCAGCACACCGUCUGGCCCAACAUUUCUACCUGCAAUCAAUUGCCAUGUCAGACACCAUUAUGCCUGAUGGAUCUGGUUCUCGAAUUGUGCUUCACAAAACUUCUGAUUGUCGAUUCCCUCCAGUUAGGCUUGCAGAUAUUCCUGUCAAUUUGCCACAGGAAGAUGCCAAUAAUGCCAUUAAUUUUGCAAUCAAGCGGAGGCCACAAAAAGAGUCAGUUAUUACGAGUGGAAAUACCUGUUCGUCUAAGACAAACCUCACAAAAAGUGUUGAACAAAGAAAAGAGGAGUACAACAAGGCACGAGCUCGAAUAUUUAACAGUAAUGGUGGUGGUGUUGGAAUGGUAAAGACAGAAGGUGAACCAAACUUGCAAGAUAGCUUCCAACAUCGCUUCUUGGAAUCAGCAAGAUCAGAUGGGAAAUCUACAGUUGAACAAUCUGAAACUAAUCCUGGAAGGGCUUUGAGUGACUCUUCUAUAGGUAGCAAUAGAUCAAACAGAAAUAGGGCAGAUAAAGAGCCUGCUGUCGGUAAAUACAGAACUAGCAAUAGAGUGGCCAUUUUCCGUGAUCGCGAGGUGGAUCGCAAGGAUCCUGACUAUGAUCGGAGUUAUGAUAGGUAUACGCAAAGGUUUGACCCUGGAUUUGGAUUUAGUGGAGGACCUUAUCUCAUGCAGCCUAUGUUUUCCCCUGCUGUUAACUAUAAUACUGAAUUUCCUCAACUUGGAUCAAGUCACAGGCCUCAAAUUCCUAUUGAACACCAACCUAGGCACAUUCCUCAACAUCUGCGGGGACCUUGGUCAGCGACAUCAGGACCUUCUGCAAUUAGCUAUGGUCAUCCUGAUGGUAUGAUGGCAUCAUUUAAUGCUAAUCAAGUUGGGGCACCCUCAACAUCAUCAGUUUACAUGCAUUCUUCCCAAUACUCCGAUCCCCCCUGUCCUCGAAUGUCAUUUGUCCAUUACCAUGAACAUGUUCAACCUUUUGCACAGACUCCUCAGCAGCAGGCUGAAGCAAAUUCUGGGUUGGCCCGGUCCCGCUAAGGGGCUUGGGCAUGCCUGCACCUGCCAGUGCCUCUUUGAGAUCAGAAAUAUGGAUGAUUGCAGUUACAGCAUAGCUGGCAGGAGGAUUCAGGCAUGAAGAAUCGAGAUUGACUGGAGCAAUGCACCUCGUUCUCUGAAAUCACUCAGCCAGUUCCAGCUUUCUCGGCUCUGUUAAUGCUUUCACUUAAGGUGAAAGAAGUUUGGUUUCUAAGAUUCUUAUGCCUUGCUGAGGCUCCAGAUGUCGCUGUUGAGCAAGAGGCAUUAGAGGAUGGCGCAGAGUGAGGCUUAGGCAUGUAAAUAGUUGAUCAAGAUUAAGGUCUGACUAAGAGCACUCUAAGUCCUUUUGCUUUGUUACAUUUUUUAUGAGAUGUCUAGAUGUGGGAAUUGCUUAUAUUUCUCUCUAACAGCGCCAUAGAUCAGGCUGUGUUUCUGCUAUUGUAGUACAGAAAUGUCAGCUGCAGGCUUGCGAGCCUGCUUUCUAUAAGCAAGUGAAUCCAAUGGGAUAUUGGCCCUCUUUGUUCUGGUUGUGGCUGGCAUAUGAUGCCUGGUCAAGAGCUUUGUCACUGACUUCAUAUUAACAGUAUAUGUGUAUCAUACACCUCAUUAUUGGUCAUGUGUAAUGUAUCAAUUGAUUAUAACCCUGUUGGACAUGGUACUUGAAAUUUAUUGUAGAAAUUGAUUAUCAUA